AUGUCAUCUAUUCAACAAAUCGCCGACAAGCUCGCCGUCCCUGACGCCCUCUAUCGCUUUUUCGCUGGCAUUGAUCACCGAGACAAAACCGUCCUGGCCUCUUCACUUGCAGAAAACGCGGUGUCCGAUUUCACGCGGGCAGGGGCAAAAGCCGGUUUUGAAUAUCCCGUCCUUGAAGGCAGAGAGACCAUCAUUUCGGCCCUGACGACAUCUCUCGCCUCACUUGAUACUAGUCACAAUGUCAGCAACCCACGGGUGACUCUGAACGGGGACAAGGCGUAUCUGGAGGCUCUGGUCGGGGCGCAGCACGUGCCCCGAGAUGAUUCGUCGCGUCACUACCUUAUGAUGAACCAUUAUAAGGUUGAUCUCAUAAGACAUGGCGAAGCAUGGGUUAUACUUACAUGCACGGUUGACAAUAUCUGGCGAGACGGCGACGUAGCUGUUCUGUCAAUGAUAUAG